AAUAGGAAGAGGCCACUCAAUGACUUCUGAUACAAAGACUUCAAAUGGGGCCGCAUUCAAGGACGAGGGGACCCGACGCCGAGGUCGCCCUCGGCCACGAGGGGCCGGUCGACUGGGAUGUGUGCGAUGGAACUCGGUGAGCAUGGAGGGGUCCAGGAUGUCGUCACGGUUGACCCAGGAGCGAUCUUCAGGGCCGUAGCCCUCCCAGUCGACCAGAUACUCCAGUCGACCUCUGCGGCGCCGGGAGUUGAGGAUGUCCUUAAUGGCAUAGAUGGGACCCUCGUCCAGGAGUAGCGGCAAGGGGGAUUCCACUGCAGCACCAGGUUCUGUGGAAGAAGGAGAGUGAGGUGAAUGGUAAGGCUUUAGAAGUGACACAUGGAAGGUGGGGUGGAUCUUGUAGUCAGGGGGGAGCUGGAGGCGGUAUGUGACUGGGUUUAUCUGGUGAGUGAUAGUGAAGGGACCAAUGUAUUUGGGGCUUAGCUUUUUGCUGGGAAGUCUCAUCCAGAUGUCCCGGGUGGAGAGCCAGACCUUCUGUCCAACCCUGUACCCCGGUGUGGAGGACCGUCGGGCAUCGGCAUGGCGACUCUGGCGGCAAAUGGCUCGCUGGAGGUGGCUGUGAGCUUCGCCCCAGACCUUCUCACUUUCACGGAACCAGGUGCUCACUGCUGGAACAUCAGAGGGUUCCCCUGACCAGGGGAAUAGUGGUGGUUGGUAACCAAGUAUGCACUGAAAAGGGGUCAGGCCGGUGGAGGGCUGGCGUAGAGAGUUCUGUGCAUACUCGGCCCAGGGUAGGUAACGGCUCCAAGUGUUCUGGUGACUAUGGCAAUAGGUCCGCAGGAAGCGGCUAAUUUCUUGGAUCCUUCGCUCUGUCUGACCGAUGGUUUGGGGGUGGUAUCCCGAAGUCAGACUCACCGUCACCCCAAUCAGCCGGAGGAAGGCCCGCCAGAAUCUUGAAAUGAAUUGUGGUCCCCUAUCCGACACUACAUCUUCCGGGAUUCCAAAGUUUCUGAAGACGUGCGUGAACAGUGCUUCAGCAGUCUCUGCGGCCGUCGGGAGACCGUUCAGGGGAAUCAGUUUGCAGGCCUUGGAAAAACGGUCCACAAUGACAAGGAUGCAGGUGUGGCCCUCAGAUGGGGGAAGAUCGGUGGCAAAGUCGACUCCGAGAUGUGACCAUGGUCUCUUCGGAAUGGGCAGAGGCAAAAGCUUCCCUGCAGGCAGGUGACGAGGGGUUUUGGCCAUGGCGCAUUCCACACAACCAGCUACGUACCUACGGACAUCUCACCAUGCCCGGCCACCAGGACUGCUCCUGAAGUAGUGAGAGGGUGGCCAUGACCCCAGGGUGACCGGUGCCGGGACAUUGAUGGGGAGACACUCCUGGGCCUGACUGAAAGGAUGGUGGAGAAACUUUUCCCUUUAAUGAAGUCACAGGUGAUGUUUAUGAAGGAGCUGAAUAAAUUAAGAAACUCCCAGAACUCCCAGAACAGUAAGUAAGAUGUGUUAACCAGUCUGUAGACAUGGUAGUAAGUAAGCAAGCAUUUAAUUUAAGCCUGGCAUUGAUCUUACUACUUUUCCUCUCAUCACCCAGAUGUGAAGCUGGAUUGCUCCUGGAGGACCAUACACCUCGCUCACAGUAUCCCAGUCACAAAAUGUAUGGAGAUGUCCUGGGGAGUUUGAUUACAAAAUUUCCAUUUUCAAGAGAUGGCAGUUCAUCUGGACAUCUACGUACAGAGACAUUGUUAGAGUGCUUCCGUAACAAAUUUAAGAAGGAAAGGAUUCCACUUGUGCACAACUCCACAGUCCUCCAAAUGAAAAAAAAGUAUGGAACCAAAAAACGAAUGGUGGAGCACACAUCCUAUGUGGACACUACCAUCGAACCUGAGCUGGCAAAAAGGAGAGCAGAAUUACUGGAUUAUUCAGCAUCACACAGUAACUCCAGUUCCUCGCUUGAGGUUUUAGAGCUGGACGCAGUUGGAGAGGAUGACACCAGUUAUCAAGAGCACCUGAAUUACAUCUUAAGGGAGUUGGCCAAGAAGCAACCAAAUUUGGCAGAAAUUAAAAUCAGGAUGAGGAGGACGCUUUUUAAGCGCAUUGAAGCAAUUACUCUCCCAACAGAGAAAGUCAUGGAGAUUUUUUCCAUUUCUUGGCAUCCCACAGCUAAUGCAUCAUGAAAUGCAAAUGAGAUUUGGGAUAGACAUGGACAGGAGCUUGCAAACUGCAAAACAUGAGUUGGCCCCAACAAUCAUCAGGGUGGUGAAGGAGAGCAGCCAGGAAAGGUUUUCACCCUCCCUCCUUGAGCCAACAAAUGAGAGAUUAGAAUAGAAGAUGCUGCACUGCUGUUGCUGCCGGAACUCUUCAAGGAGAAAACAGAGUUUUUAUACUGUGUUGAAGAUGCAGACACCAUCAGCAUCAGGCUCGAUGGACUAACAUUAACCACUGGGAAAAUGACCAUAGCCGAGGCACUCGAGUACCUCUUCAGCACUUAUUUCCUGUUCAAUGUAUCAUAUCCCGCCCCUCUUGUAAAUACAUUCAUUCAGAUAUUUUUAUUCCAACUCUGUCCUAACAAGAAAAAAAAUCCCCAUCCCUGUUCUUAAAAUGUACAACCAUUUUAUGUCAUAUGAUUAAAUAUCCCCUUUAUU